UGCUACAGUUACAGACACGGCCCCUGCUGGCGCAGCCUCUCUGAUUCUCUCUCCCUCUCCGCGUCCAGCGCUGGGCUUUUUCAGACAAGUGCAUCUCCUAACCAGGUCACAUUUCAGCCGCGACCCACUAUCCGUCUGUCACCGGAGUCAGACCGCAGGAGGAGGGCGGAGGAAGACGACGGCGUUUGCUUCGCCAACCGCGGGGUGGGAAGAAGGACAUUAAAAUCCUGCAGAAGUCAAGACCACCCCGCACCCAGCUCCCGGUCGGACCCUGACCACGAUGCGCGCCCCGGGCUGCGGGCGGCUGGUGCUGCCCCUGCUGCUCCUCGCCGCGGCCGCCCUGGCCGAAGGCGACGCCAAAGGGGUCAAGGAGGGCGAGACCCCCGGCAAUUUCAUGGAGGACGAGCAAUGGCUGUCGUCCAUCUCGCAGUACAGCGGCAAGAUCAAGCACUGGAACCGCUUUCGAGACGAGGUGGAGGAUGACUACAUCAAGAGCUGGGAGGACAAUCAGCAAGGAGAUGAAGCCCUGGACACCACCAAGGACCCCUGCCAGAAGGUGAAGUGCAGCCGUCACAAGGUGUGCAUCGCCCAGGGCUACCAGCGGGCCAUGUGCAUCAGCCGCAAGAAGCUGGAGCACAGGAUCAAGCAGCCUGCCCCGAAGCUCCCUGGAAACAAAGAGACUAUCUGCAAGCCCUGUCACGUGGCCCCGCUCGCCUCAGUCUGUGGCUCCGAUGGCCACACUUACAGCUCGGUGUGCAAGCUGGAGCAGCAGGCCUGCCUGAGCAGCAAGCAGCUGACCGUGAGAUGUGAGGGCCCCUGCCCCUGCCCCACAGAGCAGGCCUCCCCCUCCGCCACCGACAGCAAGCCAGAGACCUGCACAGGUCAAGACCUGGCUGACCUGGGGGACCGGCUGCGGGACUGGUUCCAGCUCCUUCAUGAGAACGCCAAGCAAAAUGGCUCGGCCGGCAGUGGGGCCAACCUGGCCAGUGGGCUGGACAAGAGCCUGGGAGCCAGCUGCAAGGACUCCAUUGGCUGGAUGUUCUCCAAGCUGGACACCAGUGCUGACCUCUUCCUGGACCAGACCGAGCUGGCCGCCAUCAACCUGGACAAGUAUGAGGUCUGCAUCCGCCCCUUCUUCAAUUCCUGCGACACCUACAAGGACGGCCGUGUCUCCACUGCUGAGUGGUGCUUCUGCUUCUGGAGGGAGAAGCCUCCCUGCCUGGUGGAGCUGGAGCGCAUCCAGAUCCAGGAGGCUUCCAAGAAGAAGCCAGGAAGCUUCAUCCCGAGCUGUGAUGAGGACGGCUACUACCGGAAGAUGCAGUGUGACCAGAGCAGGGGUGACUGCUGGUGCGUGGACCAGCUGGGCCUGGAGCUGACGGGCACCCGCACGCACGGCAGCCCCGACUGCGACGACCUCGUGGGCUUCUCAGGGGACUUUGGGAGUGGUGUCGGCUGGGAGGAUGAGGAGGAGAAGGAGACAGAGGAAGCAGGCGAGGAGGCUGAGGAGGAGGAGGGCGAGGCGGGCGAGGCGGACGACGGAGGCUACAUCUGGUAGAUGGCCCUCGGGGAGCCGUGGCAGGCCAGGGUGCCGAUGGCCGGGGGAGACGGGCCAGCAGAGACCUGGACAGAAGCAGGCAGCUUACGCAUGGAUCCGGAAAAUACAGUUGGAAGGACCCUGGCUCCAGCGGGGAGGACUGGAUGUGUGAGUGUGCAUGGCACGCGUGUGGCCUCUGUGGCCAGGACGUGUGAAUGUGUGUGAGUGUGGCAUGCGCUGACAAAUGUGUCCUUGGUCCACACUGCUCCAAAGAC